GUUCUCGUGGAAACGAUGUGCGAUUUCUUCUCUCAUUUGUUUUUCCAAUCUUUCAUUAACAUUUAUUCUUUUCUGAACUCACAAUGUGUCUCUUCAAUUGAUUGUUCAAAAAAUUAUGGUGGACAACGGGUACCUACAGCUUCCUCUCCAGCUAACACUAAUAGUAGUUCCAGCAGUGCUACCGGCAGUCGAAGUGGGACAAUGAGCACAAGUCUUAGCAAUAAUGCUAUACAAGGACAACAGGCAGAACAGCUAUCAAAAACAAAUUUGUAUAUUCGUGGCCUCAAUCAAAAUACAACUGACAAGGACCUCGUAAACAUGUGUUCUCAAUAUGGAACUAUUACAUCUACAAAGGCCAUUUUGGAUAAAAAUACGAAUAAGUGUAAAGGUUACGGAUUUGUAGACUUUGAGUCACCAGUGGCGGCAGAGGGUGCUGUGAAAGCACUGGUUGCCAAGGGCAUCCAAGCGCAGAUGGCGAAAGUGGGUAUCUGGUUGCUCCCUAGACUGCCCAGUGUACGUUGGUUGUGCAUGCAACAACAGGAGCAGGACCCUACUAAUUUAUAUAUUGCAAACCUGCCCCUGAGUUUCAAAGAAAAUGAUGUUGAAGGUUUGCUUGCUCAAUAUGGGCAAGUUAUUUCAACACGAAUAUUACGUGAUACAGCUGGACAAAGUAAAGGUGUUGGAUUUGCAAGAAUGGAAUCUAAAGAAAAAUGUGAACAAAUAAUUCAGAUGUUUAAUGGAAAGGCACUACAAGGUGCUAAAGAUCCGUUACUGGUAAAAUUUGCUGAUGGUGGUAAUAAGAAAAAAUCAUUAUACAAAAGUACAAUAUGGAGGGAAACUGGCGAGAAUAUAACUUUGAAUUACGAUACAAGUGGUGUUGGUCAAAACGGGGUUGCAACUACUCACAUGCUACCUGCAGCCACCUUAACACAAUAUAGUCGUCAUUAUGGUCAAGCUUUACCGGGAUACAGUGUGCCAGGAACGCCCUGGGUGACUCCUUACUUGGUGCAGACUGCCCCUCCACACAUGCAACAGGUCGACAUGAUGCCAUCAGCUGAUCCUAGUAAUCCACAAUACAGUAUGAUUCCUCAACUAACUACACAAAUGUCUACGUUACAUCUUGGCACUGGUUCCUACAUAGCAAGCCCACAUCCCUAUCCUUAUACUACUUAUCCUCCUAGCAUUAUUCAUACCAUGCCACUGGGUGAUUCUGAACAAACAAGUAAUGCAGCAUCUCCUGAUGAUUCUUACCAACAAUACCAAGCUCAGCAGCCCAAGUAGGCUACGGUUUUUAGAUACGAUUACACCGAGAGUUAUGUAAGUUAGGAGAGCCACACCUGUUGAUAAGAAGGAUUAUAUUAAUGAAGGAUAGAUAAGGCUAAAUACAAUACAUAAAGUCAGAUAAGAUUCUUCCUCAUGAUAAUUGACUUGCCAGCCAUCUUUUAUACAUUUUAUCCAUCAGAUAAAUAGGUGAAAGUAGUUAAUAUUUUCCAACGAUUAGAGAAUGAAUGUUGUCAUAAGAACGGGGUACGAGUGCUCGUGUCAUCUACAUUGUUCGGCACCAGCACGGCUCCAUACGCUGUAACGCCAACACAUCAUUACGACAGUGACAAAACUGAUAUUCUGCGACGGACAGUUUAGUGUCAAGCUGAUAGGCUUCCAGGAUUAACUUUAGGUAUUACAUUUACUAAGGAAACGAUAAGUCGAAGCUAAAGGCUUUGAGAGUGUGAAUAAAAUAUUUUAACAAAAACUGUAAACUAUAAAAGAAACGCUGCUCAGAAAUAUACAAAGGAGAAUUCUUCCCAAGAAAUAAUAAUAAUAAUAAUAUACAGAAAAAAGCACUUCCAAAUGCUAGAAUUGAUUAAAAAAAACAUUCAGAUUCGGUUACUUGUAAUCAGUACCUACCGGACUUUCGUGCCAGCUGGCUGGCCGGUGGCUGGGCUGCGAAGAGAAGGGGUUGUGGAUCAGUAUUUCUUUUUCACAGAAGAUACUGAAGAAAAGAGCUCUUCCUUAACAGCGCACACCACCCCAUCCACUAACUGCACUCUCAUCAUAUUAUUUCUUUUUGUUUUCUUCUGUUUCGUUCAGACAUUCCAAGCCAGGCACAUAUAUUGUAUGUAUGUAUUGCCACGCGGAGAUUUUUAUCUACUUUUACAAGUACAGUUCGCGUUCUCUUUUUAAUCACGGACGAAUAUAUUUUAUGGACGAAAAAGAAGUGAAGAUUUUAAGAGAGAGAGAGAGAGAGCGAGCGAGCGAGAGAGAGAGAGAGAGAGAGAGAGAGAAAGAUGAAGCUUUAUUUCUAAAGGAAAAAAAAACUUCAGGAUAUAUGUAAUUAUUGUAACAAGAAGGAAAGGAACAUAGUACUUUUUAGAAGAUUUAUAUUUAUGAGUACAGUUACUACGAAUUGAUAUCAGUUUUAAUUGUACAGUGAAUACAGAUAUUUUUUUUAGAAUUGUGCCUUUUCAGACAAAUCCGCUAGACUGGGAUAUGCUGAAAAAUAUUAUAAUAUAUUUUUACGUCGGUAUGUAAAUGCGAAACUUGAGCCAAAUUUUGAUCUUCUAGUUAAGAGAAUAUAAUUGUUUUUGCGUUGUAGCCAGUUAAAUAUCACUACGUUUGUUUUUUGGUUAUGAAUUCGAAUAGAUUUUGUAUGUGUAUAGUUGCCACUAACGGGAUUGACGGACCGAAAACAUCUGUACGGUUCGUACGGAGUCUAGGAACAAAAAAAAAUGAUAUGAAAUCAAAUGGCGGAUCAUUGUUAACUGAGACUAAUCCAUACCGCCCCAAAAGAAAAUGAGAGAGAGACAGAAUAGGCUUGUUACAACGGAAUACGAUAGAUAGAGUGUAAAUUAAUUUAUUAUAUCGAACAAACGAAUAAAAUCGCGUUGCAAAUGAAAACGAAAAAGAUAAUGGGACUGGAGUAGAACGAUAGGCGAGAGGAUCGAACGCGAGGAAACAAAAAGAAACGUAAAAUACAGAAUAUAAGUUGAAAAUUUUCUAUCUACGUGGUAUCGAGAGAGAGAGAGAGAGAGAGAGAGAGAGAGAGAGAGUGAGAGUGAGAGAAAACGGAGAAGCAAAAGGUUUAAUGAUAAAAAAAAGAAAAAACACCCUCCUCUCCUGCGUUCCUCUAAGCCCGUUUUUACAUCUGGCACAGUUUUCACGUUGUCUGACUUAGGUCGAGUCGAGGAACGAUUAGCAGAAAGCUUUCUACCAAAUAUUACGAGCUCCGGGCUCGAAGUGGCAGGCAGGUAGUUAGAUAGAGUUAGAGGCGAUCGUAGCUAUUAUUAUAAUAUUACAAUAAUAUGCUGUAUUAUUAUAAUUAAUGAUUACUAUUAUUGACGUCAUCUAAAGUAUGAAAGAUUUUUACACUGUUGAGACUUGAAGUAAAUAAUAUAUUUAGUUUAUUUUGGUACAUCACGAUUUGAUGACAAGAGAUAAAAGAUGAAAAAAGUGGUAUGAACUAUUUUUUAAGAGACCGAUUAUUACUCGAUUUGAGUCCAUGCAUUAAGGGAGACAAACAAAAAAGAAUAAGAGAGCGAGAGAAAGAAAGAAAGAAAGAAAGAAAGAAAGAGGCGAACCUAUUUGCGAGUGUGUAAAUUGUUUGCACAAGCGAUUGUCACCAUGACUGACAACAAAAAUCACAUGUGAUUAAAUAGUGAAUUUUGAAGAAUUUUACUAAUAGACUUGUACUAAAUAACUAAUUAUUAUUGUGACGACCAAAACAAAAAAAAAGAGCAGCAUUUUUAUAGUGCUGACCGAGAGCGGAAGAACGAUGGUUCGGCCGACAUAAAUGCCAGCUCCCGCAGAUACGGAGCCGCACUGGAGAGCGGGCAGAGAGGAGAGAAAGAGAGUGAGGAAGAUCAAUGGAUGCAAGGGACAAUGAGCGAAAGAGACGCGGAGAAUCAUAGAAGGCGAAUGAAAGUGCGUGAGCUAGAAAUUUAGAAGAAAAUGUGUGUAGAAAGCAGGGGGGUAGAAGGAAGUUAAAUGAUAAAAUGAGCGAGGUGGAGGGGGGGGGGGAAGAUAGAUGCUAGAAUGUGAAAUAUACAAGAGAGAAAGUAAGAAUGAACAUGAGAGAAAACAAGAGCGAAUGCGUCGUAAUCUAUUGUAUAGAACCUGGGAAGAAAGAGAUGUUGUGUAGUUAGUGUUGAUUAUAAAUAUAUAGGAUAGGUACCAUUUUUGGAUAGGAAGUAAUCAAUUAAGUGAUUAAGUUUAGGUAGUUAGUUAGGUGAUAGUUAGGAUACAUAUACAACUGCCUCUCCUCGUUAAAAAAACGCAAAAAAAAAAGAAAGGAAAACACACAUCAGGCGAGGCACCGUUCAGCCUAUGCACCUCGCACCCGUCAAGACUGACUGGCUAUUCAUAUUAAUAAUAAAUAUAUAUUAUUCUACAACAUAUUAUCUACUGUAAUAUAAAUAGUAAGAACUGCUUGCUGCGCACCGCGGGUCAGGUGCUUGGGCUGGCCGGGCGUGGUUUACGAAAAAGAAGAAAAAAACCAAUCUCUUUUUUGGAACGUAAUGUUUCCAAGCAAUGCUGCUUUCCGUAAGCUUUCUUUAGAAUUUCUAGCGUAGCCUCUUUUUAGAUUAGAUUCACAACUAGUAGUCGUAGGCUGAUGUAGAAAGAUGAGGAUAAAAAGGAAAAAAACGUAGGGUGUUUUUAAGUAACGAAACAAAAAAAAAUAAGUAAUAUAAUGUUAGUCGAACGUCGGCUUAAGCGAUAAAAAGAAAUAAUAAGAAAGAUGCGAGUCCGAGUUGAGACUUUGAUGAUGCCCGAUAAUGUAACGCGCGUCAUCGUACUUCGACUUGUACAGUCCUUAGAUUUCACCGAGGUUUUAAGUCAUUGUUUUACUAUUGUUAAGGAGAUAGGUUUUUAGCUAUAACGAGAGAGAGACGAACAUUUUUCCAUUUGCCCCAUUGUUCUGCUUUUUUUUUACUUCGACCCCUCCUGUAUCUCUUCUAAUUUCUUUUCCAUAACUUUCCCGUGCUCCUUGUUUAAUCCAACAUCCGUUGUAUUUUUCGACAUAUACAAAUCUUCUAUUCAUAAGCGUCAAAACGAAAGAACGACACUUGUAAUUAUACAAAAAAAAAAAAAAAAUGCCAUUACUAUAUUCGAUUCAUUUUGUUUGUUUCUUCUCUCCACUAUAUAAUUAAUUGUUAUGUGGUGUGCGACCAAUGAGAAUAUACAUGAGAAUUAAAAAUUUCGUAAAUUUCAAGAUGAGAGAAAGAGGGAGUGAAAGGGACAGAGAGCGAGAGAAAGGAAAGAAACAAAAUAUGAUGUUGAGGCAUUAAGUUCGCAUGCGUAAACGAGGAUUAAGUAAUCGGGAGGGAAAAAAAUAUAAAAAAAAAAAGUAAAAAAUGAACACACACAUUAGGUUCUCGGAUACUUUUAAGAUGGCGAGGCAUAGCACGUAAUGAAAUUCUUAGAUUAAGGCAAGUGUGUCAUAGCUAGUUAAGAAAUAGGGGCUCUUAGAAGUCGAUAGGUGCUGUAAUAAAAUGAAAAAAAAAAAUGAAGUAACAAGAACAACAACAACAAAGUUUAACAACGGUCAGAAUUAGAUUUUUCAUGGAACUUGAAUAAGAACACAGGGCAUACGCCACUAAAAGUGCCCUUAGUUUAUUUUGGAUCGUUUAAAAACGCUAGUCUUUGUGUGAGAUAAUGUGGGGGUUAUAGAUAGGGUCUUCUAAAAAAGAAAAAAAACGAAAAAAAGAAGAGAAAAACAAAAAACGCAAACAGAAAACAAAAAGAGAGAGAGAGAGAGAGAGA